AAAUUAUUCUCUACUCAAAUCACAGCCUCAUCCUAAGUCCGUAGGGACCGCCUUUAUUUAUUUAUUUAAUUUUUUUUUCUUUUUUUUUAAGGGAGACCAUCAAACGAGCUGCUAAAAAAGAUCGAUGAAAGCUCCCUUCUUUUUGCAAUCGGAUUUCUCUCUGGUAUCUGCAACUCUCUCCCUCCGUCUCAAAAUUCUGCAAGAAUAAUUGUGAAUGGCGACAACCCAUUUCCAUUCCUCCCGAAAGCGAUCUGCAAACCCCAAUUAUUCGCACCCCCAUUUAAACCCCAGCCCUGAUUUAGCGCCUCGCCAUCCCCAACCCUUCCAUCACUAUGAACACCACCACCACUGCCGCCACCGAUUCCCCUAAAUUCCAAAACCCUGAUUUCCGGCACCUCUCCCAGUCCCCCGAACUCCGUCCCAAGCAAUCACAGUCCACCCACAACGGCCUUCUGUUCUGGCAAUUCAUGAUCGCCGGCUCCAUCGCCGGCUGCGUCGAGCACAUGGCCAUGUUCCCUGUCGAUACCCUCAAGACUCGUAUGCAGGCUCUCGGCGCCUCCUGCCCUCCUCAGCCCGCCGGCCUCCGGCAAGCCGUCUCCUCAAUUUUGAAGCUCGAGGGUCCCGCCGGUCUCUAUCGCGGCAUCGCCGCCAUGGCUCUCGGCGCCGGCCCUGCCCACGCUGUCUACUUCUCAGUUUACGAGUUUUGUAAGAGCGCAUUGUCUGCGGGAAAUUCAAGCAAUUCGGCAGCUCACGCUGCUUCGGGAGUGUUUGCCACCGUUGCGAGCGAUGCCGUGUUCACUCCGAUGGAUAUGGUAAAGCAGAGGCUGCAGUUGAGGAGCAGUCCUUAUAGAGGUGUGAUGGACUGUGUGAAGAGAGUGUUGAUGGAAGAGGGCUUCCAAGCUUUCUACGCAUCUUAUCGUACUACAGUUAUUAUGAAUGCCCCCUUCACCGCAGUUCAUUUUGCGACCUAUGAGGCUGCAAAGAGGGGUUUAAUGGAGGUUUCGCCAGAGAGUGCAAACGAUGAGACGCUAGUUGUUCAUGCCACAGCUGGUGCGGCGGCCGGGGCUUUGGCCUCUGUGGUGACAACCCCACUUGAUGUUGUGAAGACUCAAUUGCAGUGCCAGGGUGUCUGUGGAUGUCACCGAUUUUCAAGUAGUUCGAUUGGGGAUGUUAUUCAAACCAUCGUGAAGAAUGAUGGAUAUAGGGGGCUUAUGAGGGGAUCGGUCCCGAGGAUGCUCUUCCAUGCACCUGCUGCUGCGAUCUGCUGGUCUACCUAUGAAGCAUCAAAAACCUUCUUUGAAGAAUUCAACAACAGCAGCGGCAGCCCGGGCGACUAGAAAAAUUCAAUGUCUUUUUGUUGCAUCUGCAGAUCUUUUUUUGUCAGUUGGCCAGGUUCAAAGAAGUUGCUUCACCAUAAUUACAUGUUACCACAUCCUCUCAGGUGUCUCGUUUGUUUAUGUAAACGAGGCUGCUUAAAUCACAUGUAGGAAUGGAAUUUAUGUGUAUUGGUCAACUCCUUGUGCUCAGAUCAAAUAAUGAUGUCAAUGAGAAAUCAAUCAGUAUGGUUGAUCUGUUUCACCCAUUAACAUUAUAAAUCAAUGAAGAUGAUUAGCCUGUUUAACCAGCAA